AUGCGCGAAAUUCAAGAAUCAAUCACAAUUGCGGCGCUUCCAUCGCAAGUAUGGAGCGUCUCGAUGGACUUGGAGUCUUGGCCAGAAUGGAACACAUUCGUCACUUCAAUUAAAGUACAACCUCCACACACUGAACUCGCUGUUGGAAGCAAACAGACCAUCACAAUCGACAAGACUCAAACAUACACAAAUAUCGUAUCAGUAUUACAGCCUGAAAAGGAACUUCGAUGGAACGGCAGCAUCUUAACGCCUUUCAUCUUCGAUACGGAGCACUGGUGUCGCCUGGAAGCUGUCGGGGAUGGACGAUCGACGCGAUUUACGCAAGGAGAGCGGUUUUCUGGUAUCUUGGCACCAGUAGCUGCGGCGGCGGGAAAGCUGAGUGAGCUACAAGAGGGCUAUGUGAGAAUGAACCAAGACCUGAAAAAGGUUGCUGAAGAAACCAUAUCGAAAUAG